AUGUGUUCCUCUGUGUGGUUUGGUGUAGCUCAGGACAUAUCAGAUGGAUUACCCUACCCUUUACAUUUGUCUUCUUCUGAUAACACAAAACAGAAGAUGGAGACAGUUGCCCGGGCUACAAAGACCACCCAAAAGCCUCGACCAUGUGGCAAACACAUGUGGAAAGCCAUGGUCACCGAAGAAGUUCAACUACUACAACCAAGUUAUUCUAUUGAUUUCUUGCCAUUAAAGGAAGAUGCAAUCUUCAUGCUACAAUUAGGGUUGCGUAACAAUAACUCAAUCGCCCUACAGCUGAAUAAAAAUACAAAUAGCACAAUUUUUAUUAGCUUGCUUAAAUGGGUGAACAGUCUCCAAACAGGUAGUAGUAAAUUAACUUCGCCACUUCUAUUAUUGUGUGCGUUGGUGGACUUUCUCACCACUGCAACCGACAGUGCUCAAAACUCCAGUUUAAUUCCAAUUACUAAACUAAUGUGGAAAAUAAAACCUUUUUUUUUUAGUGUUGCUUCCGCUGGAGAUCAAUAA